AUGUUAAAGUUAGUACACCUCAGUUACCUCCUCAUCUAUCUCACCCAUCAAAUAGAGAAUAAAUACGUCGAAGGAGAACUAAACACAAGCGAGAAUUGGGCUUUCAUCGCUCGUUUCUGUUUCCUAUCAGAAGAAGGCCAAUACGAAUAUUACAUUGAAUACGAAGAAGAUCAAGGAGAGCCAAAUCUUUUAUUGUAUUACGAUGCAGAUACCCAAUGGCCCGCAGUGUACAAAUCAGCCAAAACGUGUCGCGAGAAGGAGAGCGUGUUACGCAUUGAGCAGAACCAAAUCAUCAAUCUUACAACGCGAUAUCCGUUCAGAGAUGUUGCUGGGUGCAUCGCAACUCCUCAGCCUGGUUUUACUUCAAAACCAAGUUACACCUUAAUUGUCCCAACGUUAGCAACACGGAAAACUAAGAAAACCACGACUACUUCAAUAACCACUACCUCACCUGUAAAUGUUACCUUUGAUUACUUUGUAGAGUUAAAUCAAACUUCGAUUUCGAAUGAGAUUGAUUAUGAAAAGAUGAAUUACGAUAAUGAAAGUACUUCUGUUCCUACUGAAAUUACAACAACAAAAGCGCCAAUUAAGAAGAGGGCCACCGGUGGAGGUAGAACUAUUAUGUGCAGGAAUUCCAGGAGAUUCCGGAGCGCUCGAGAACGAUGGUGGUUCAUUGCCAUAAGCAAUUGCAAUGCGUCAAAAGGAAUCCAUAUCAAAUACAGGAUAUUAAUGACAAAUGGUCCUCCUGGUGAUUACUGGCAUGAGCACUUUUCAGCCGACGAAUUUUAUGUUCUACCAGUUUUGAUGGCAUUUUCGGUGGCUUACUCGUUUUUGGUGCUCGCAAUCAUAAUUUGCUCGAUUGAGUUAAAAUCAAGGCAACUUUUGCACACCACUUAUAAGCUUUUCGUGCUAAGUUCACUGGUGCAACUGUUCGGUAUUUUGUUCCGAAGUAUGUCUUUUCUUAAAUACGCCGUCAACGGUAUUGGAUCGCCCAAGUUGAAAGUGGUUGGAGCUAUGUUCAUGGGAUUAUCAGAAACGUGCUUUUUGCUUCUCCUGCUGCUUCUGGCCAAAGGUUAUACGGUUACUAGAGGACGAUUACCUUUAUCUGCAGGAGUUAAACUCACCAUAUUCAUGUGUCUUUAUGUCGUCACAUUUGUUUCUCUUUUCAUUUACGAAGCGAAAGUCUUUGAUCCAGGCGAAGUGCUUUACACGUACGAAUCUCCUGCUGGAUAUGGUUUAAUCAUCUUGAGGGUCAUCGCAUGGUGCAUGUUUAUUUAUUCCACUGUUUUCACAUUGAAACAUUAUCCUGAAAAGGCAAACUUCUAUUACCCUUUCAAUGUUUUCGGAACUCUGUGGUUCAUAGCAGGACCGGCUUUCAUAUUAACUGCAAACUCGCACAUAGAUAAAUGGGUACGUGAAAGCAUAGUUUGCGCAGUUCUUUUGUUUAUAGCUUUCGGAGGUCAUUUGAUGUUCUUGCUGCUUACCAUGCCUUCGGUAGCUAAUAAAAAUUUCCCAUACCACGUCAGAACUAGUCAAAUCGGUGUCAUGGAAGUAACGGGAAAUGUCGGAAACAGUUCCAUUGAACAAUUCGGUCAUCACGCGUACGAACCUACUGCCAAUGGGGAUCAAGUGAUCAUACCUCUAAGCAGAAGAACCGAAGAAAUCUUCGGUGGGCUUUACAGUCAAAGAGUGCAAAUGGGAGAUGCAAAUGGGGCUGCAGCCCGUGCAAUCAUUGGAGAGGCCACCCUAAACGCGAACAAUGCGACAAUCGAAAACGUUUUAAGUUGGUCGUUAGCCAAAAACUUUAAUUACCUAAAUAGGUUUGAAAGUUUACCACCGAAUUCUGAAUCCAGACGAAGCAGUACCUCCGACGUAGAAGAACCUGAGGAAGUUGUUACCUCACCAGAGCAAAGAACACAUCAACUAGAUGAUUGGGUCAGGGAGGUUCCCAUUGAACUGUUUACUAUUAGUAAAAUGGUUGUUACAAAUAAUGUGAAAGAAGAGUAA